UUAGUAGUGUAGUCAAGUUGAGGGAAGGGCAUUUCAUUGAAAGGUCUUUAAUCACGAUUUCGAAGAUGAAAAUGUGUGCAACCGUGGAGCGACGCAGUAGAAAGUGGGUUGUUCAAGUCGAUCACUCAUAGUUUGCGACAAGGACAUUGCAACCAGUGUCGGUUUCAAGAGGAUGAGCGCAGUGCAGGAUUGAGGGAGAGAAGCGCACAAAGAAAGGAGGAGAGGCAGGAUGGGGAAGUUGGGUGCGGAUGCGUCCAUGAGAUGUGUGCAUUGUGGAACUCCAGUGGCAGCCGUAUAUGUGGAGUAUUCCCCCGGCAACAUUCGUCUCUCUGAAUGCGCUAAAUGUGGAUUCGUGGCUGACGAGUAUGUAGAGUGUGAGAUUAUGAUAGUGGUGAUUGAUUUGAUUCUGCACAAGCCUGAGGCUUAUCGGCAUAUCUUCUUCAAUUACCCCCUCCUUCACAAGCUUAAAAUGCUGCAGGAAUUCGUGUGGAAGACGAGCCUCCUUGUUCUACUUCUAGACUCAUGUAAACUAUGUUUACGAGGUGUAGGGAAGACAGAUGUUCGGUGGGAAAGCCUCUCUCUGUUUCUCUCUACUGCAGGGAAGGUUUUGGCCAAAGUAGGACUGGCGAAUGUGGUGUUCUUAAUUACUGUAUUGGCAUUAGCUUAUGCACUACCAAAUCUAGGGCCACAUGCGAAGUCCAAAUGGACAGAUUUGCUUAUGGCGGUAGCGCUUUCAAGCUAUUUCAAGAUGUUUGUAUUCGCAAUGAUGGUUUGGGAAUAUUCACCUCUGAUGACGCUUAUCAUUGACAUGCUUGUGUUGUCAUCUAAUACCGUAGCUUUAAAAGUGAUGUUAAAUACCAGCACCCCGAUUGCUGCAACGGUCAUAGCUGCAGCUGCUUUCUUCAGAACUCUGUGCCGCAUUUCCAUAGACUUUGUUCUGUAGCUCUGGAAAUGGUCCUACAAAAAUCAUGCCCACCAUUUUCGAAUACAUGGUAAUGGCAUUACGUGCUUACAGCUACCACACAAUGGUGAUCAUCGCUAUUUUUCGACCGUGGCAAUCUGUGCUGCAGAAGAACAUGCCAUCGUACAUAAGAAAAGUGUGUUGACCAAAUGCCUGAAGAUAGAUUGUUUAUUGAUUUGAGUUAUAAAAUGUAUGAUAGAACAGUUGAUUGGUCCAUGGCCUGCAAACAAAACUUUUAGAUGUUGGCCUUGAUGUUGAGUAUGAAUUUAUGGCUGUUGAAUCAAACAUAAAUCCAAUACCACAUUUUAUUUUAUUUUUUAAUAGUGAAAUUCAAAGCUAUAUGAUUUUUGA